GAUGUCCAUCUUCUACGUCAUUUAUUUUGUGGUUUUCCCGUUUUUCUUCGUCAACAUCUUCGUCGCUCUGAUCAUCAUCACCUUCCAGGAGCAAGGAGACAAGAUGAUGGAGGAGUGCAGCCUGGAGAAGAACGAGAGGGCGUGUAUCGACUUUGCGAUCAGUGCUAAGCCGCUAACGCGCUACAUGCCGCAGAACCGCCACACGUUCCAGUAUCGACUGUGGCACUUUGUGGUGUCGCCUUCGUUUGAGUACACGGUGCUGACCAUGAUCACACUCAACACCAUCGUCCUCAUGAUGAAGUAUUAUUCGGCUCCUCCUGUAUACGACGCCGUGCUGAAACACCUCAACACUGCGUUCACUGUGCUCUUCUCUGUCGAGUGUGUUCUCAAGAUUUUGGCGUUUGGUUUUAUGAAUUAUUUCAGAGACACGUGGAAUAUAUUCGAUUUCAUCACUGUCCUGGGAAGCAUCACGGAGAUCGUAGUCGACCAGCAGUCGGCUUCCUUUAACAUGAGCUUCCUGAAGCUGUUCCGAGCAGCUCGGCUAAUAAAGCUGCUCAGGCAGGGAUACACCAUCCGCAUCCUCCUCUGGACCUUCGUCCAGUCCUUCAAGGCUCUGCCGUACGUGUGUUUACUCAUCGCCAUGCUCUUCUUCAUCUACGCCAUUAUCGGCAUGCAGGUUUUCGGGAACAUCAAGCUGAACGAGGAAACUCACAUCAACCAACACAACAACUUCAAAACCUUCUUUGGUGCCUUGAUGUUACUCUUCAGGAGUGCGACAGGCGAGUCGUGGCAGGAAAUCAUGUUGUCGUGUUUAGGAGGUCAGGGGUGUGAGGCCGACCCGUCUCUCAUCCCUCCAUCCGAACCUGACGGAGGAUGUGGCACUGACUUCGCUUACUUCUACUUCGUCUCCUUCAUCUUCUUCAGCUCCUUCCUGAUGUUGAAUCUGUUUGUGGCAGUGAUUAUGGAUAAUUUUGAGUACUUGACCCGCGACUCCUCGAUUCUCGGUCCUCAUCACCUGGACGAGUUUGUGAGGAUGUGGGGACAGUAUGACCGAGCGGCCUGUGGCAGGAUUCAUUAUAAGGAGAUGUACAAAGUAGUGCGCACUAUAUCGCCCCCUCUGGGCUUUGGGAAGAAUUGCCCCUACAGGGUGGCAUGCAAGAGGCUGGUGCUGAUGAACAUGCCAGUGGACGCAGAGAUGACGGUUCACUUCACGUCCACUCUGAUGUCUCUGAUCCGCACCGCACUGGAGAUCAAGAUCGCACGAGGUGGAGAAGACCGAGGGCAGAUGGACAUUGAGCUUCAGAAGGAGAUCAGCAUCAUUUGGCCGCAUCUCUCCCAGAAAACUCUGGACCUGCUCGUGCCAAUUCAUAAAGCGAGCGACAUGACGAUCGGGAAAAUCUACGCCGCCAUGAUGAUCAUGGACUAUUACAAACAGAGCAAAGCCAAAAAACUCAGACAACAGCUGGAGGAACAAAAACACGCCCCGAUGUUCCAGCGCAUGGACGCCUCGUCGUUACCGCAGGAAAUUCUGUGCAGUGCUAAAGCUCUGCCGUUCCUCACACACAGCGCAGGAAACGCUCUGACAAGAGGUGGUUUUGUGGCGCUGAGUCCCAUUUCUCCUCAGGAACUCUUCAUGCAGCCAAUCGCACCAGAGCAAGAGGAGGAAGAGUACACACCCCACUACAGACCCCAGCACUCCCCCAGCACGGUAAACUCGGAGAACACGCUGAUGAGGCGCUCGUUCUCCACCAUCGGAGAUCAGUGUGUGAACGGAGUCUGGCAGGAGGAGUUCUCGCUGGAGAGAGUGAGUCCUGACCGACUGGAGAGACCGCGGCAGCGCAGCUUCAGAGGUGUCAGGUCGAAUCUCAGAGAGCCAGUGUGUAAGGAGAGAGGACGCUCAAAGGAGAGGAAACACCUGCUGUCACCUGAUCCAUCACGCUGCAACUCUGAGGAGAGAAACCAACCAAGAACACAAGACACACAGCACACACACACACGCUCACCCAGCGAGGGGAGAACACACACACAGGGCGACGCUUCAGAGAGUCCACUCCCCUCCUCCUCAGACUCCAGGGGGCGUCGCCAGCUUCCUCAGACACCCUCCAGACCCCGCCCGUACAUCUCCUAUUCGCCUCUAGUGUGCCGCAGCCACCUGACCACCGAGGACAGCCAAUCAAGGACGCAGUCUGCCAUAGAGGGGGUGGGCUCUGUGUUAAGCCCCGCCUCCCCGCAGCGCUACACCUCAGAGCCAUAUCUGCCGCUGCAUGACGACUCCAACAGUCCAGAGGAGAUGCUUACUUUUGAGGCUGCCAUAGCAACCAGUCGAGGGCGUGGCCAUGUCGUAAGCUCUGCCCCUCAGUUGCGUCACACAUGGCAGAUGCCUAACGGGCAUUUCCGAAAAGGCUGCGAGCUCCUCAGUGACACGGACGAGGACGACCGCUGCUAGAGACAAUGGGGUGGAAGUGGGCGGAGCCUUGACGCAGUAAAAUCACGUCUGGAC